CCUUGGCUCGAAGGCAUUUUCCAUUUCCUAGCCCCCUCCUCCUCCUCCAUCCCUCAGCUGUCGCCCCUCCGUUUCAGCUCUGGCCCCUAGGGGAGCGUCCCUUGCCGCGGGGCUGACAGCACUUGGGGAGCAGGGUCCCUGUUCUCUGCGCUCUAGCUCUGUGCGCAGAGCUUCGUUCGUGGGCGCCUGGUGUCCAGCGGGCACUGAUGUCAAGCGGUGGCGGAGCGCUGCCUACAGACGGUUGACCUGGACCCUCCUCCACACUCACUUCCUUCGUCGCCCCCUCCCUCUUGCCUGUACUCGGGCUCUGGCUCUCUAUAAAAGGCGGGAGCGUUGCGCGCCACAGCAGCUCCGAGUUUCAGCACCAUGGAGAGCCCCCGUCUUCGGCCGCUGGCCCUGUUGGGUGCCGCCCUGCUUUUGCUGCUACCUCUUCUGGGCGCCCGGGCCCAGGAGGACGCUGAGCUCCAGCCCCGAGCCCUGGACAUCUACUCUGCCGUGGAGGAUGCCUCUCAUGAGAAGGAGCUGAUCGAAGCGCUACAGGAAGUCCUGAAGAAGCUCAAGACUAAAAGUAUUCCGAUCUAUGAGAAGAAGUAUGGCCAAGUCCCCAUGUGCCACGCUGGGGAGCGGUGCGCAGUGCGAAAAGGAGCGAGGAUUGGGAAGCUGUGCGACUGUCCCCGAGGAACCACCUGCAAUUCUUUCCUUUUGAAGUGCUUGUGAGGCAUCCACCCGCCUCCAUAAAUCCCCACUGCCCCUACUUCCCUCCCUGCCACCCCAGAGGACCACACCUUCAUCUCUGGAGUUCGCCUUUAGCAACAAAGUUUGCAUUUCCCUCUGAGGGUUAAGGGGCUCUUUUCCUGCUGUUCCCAAAUAACACAUUAGUUGUUACUGUGUGAAGGAUAAUGCCUUGUAUGGUGUUGAUACAUGUGCAAAGUAUUCUUUUCUUAUUCAUCUGACACACUCUUAUGUAUCUUUGUGUAAAGAAGGGGAACUUCUGCUUUGAAAAUUGUAUUUUUGUAUGUGGUGUGGCCGGAUGAAAAUUAGAUUUAGUUAAUCUUAGUAGAUGACAUCACAACCUGGAAGAUGACCCCAAAUGACACAAAUUGCAGCAUGUACAAAUUAUACAUAAUAAAGUGUUUUUAAUAAUUGCUCAUACUGUAUCAUUGUUUCUAUGUCAUAAGUAAUUUAAGUAAGAAUGUUGGAAUUAAUCAUGCUAUUGUUUUCAAAGAGAAAUAUUUAAAAAAUAGCAGCCUAUU